CUGGCUUUGCCAAUAAUAAUAAUCGUUAUAAUGAGAAUAACAGUAAUGGUAAUGGUAGUAAUGUAGUACCAGAAUACCUCAUACCAUUACUGUCUUUUUUCCCUUCUCUUAAUUACCUCUUCCCCUCUUGCUGAAGCCGGAGACUCUGGUGAAGAAACUUGUUCGUUCAUUAUAAUGAGUAUUUCUGCGUGACGCUGAAUCACCGGAGCGCAGGAGCGGCUUUUCUUCCGAACUCCUGGAAAACAAUCGUCGACAGAGGAGACAAAGGCUCACGGAAAAGGAAAAAAACACGAGAAAGUAACUUUUAGUGAAAGUGCCGAGGUAUUAGUGUUAUAUAAAGCUACAUGGCGCCUCUCACCUCACACUAUUCCUGCAGACACUAUGAAGGCCUUGGUCGGCCUCCUCACUCUGUUGCUCAGCGCCUGCAUGUCUCUGGCGGCUCCGGGAAGCUUCGCAGGCCGAGGCUUCGCAGGCUACGGGGGCUUCGGGUCGGGAGUAAGCGGAGGAGGAUACGGAGGCGGCCAUGGAAAUGGUGGCUCUUCCUUCGGAUACGGCACAACUGCUUUCGGUUCCUCGCUUGGCCACGGACAUCGCGGGGGCUACGGAGGAGGCUGCCCUGGCUGCGGCUGGAAGGGGGCCCGGGAACUGUCCACCAAUAGGGAAAUAACCCCAGAGAAAGGAGCCCGGGGACUUGCCCCGAAUAGGGAAUAUUCCACAGGGAAAGGGGGCCCCGGGGACUUGCCCCGAAAGGAAAUACCAGGGAAGGGGGCCGGGGAAUUUGCCCCCGAUAGGGAAAUAUUCCAGGGAAGGGGGCAUGGAGACUUGCCCGAAUAA